AGAAAGAAAGAAAUAAGGAUUUUGAGAGCCAGUUGGAUGCACUGCACAUAAACAGCAACAGCCCCAUCUGAUUUUAAUCAUACCACACUUAGACCAGAAAAGGAAGUUGGAAAUAGAUUGAAAAUGUUCCUCCCAAAAGUGUUGGUUUUGAUUACAUUCAUGUCACCGUUUGCGGUAUCGACGUCAAGUGGUACAAUUCAGAAAAAACGAUCAGUAAACUACAAUGCAGUAGAAGGAUGUUUUUCUUCAUUCCCAUUUGCAGGCCUGACAAAGCAAAUGGGAGGUCACAACUCAAAUCUUAUGUGUCAAGAUACCUGCAGAAAUAAGGGAUAUAUUUUGGCUGCGACAAAAGGCGAUGAAUGUCAAUGUGGAAAUGUCUAUCCAAACGGACAAAAAGUGAAGCAAAGUCGAUGCACAACCAAAUGCCGCUCGUGGUCACCCUGUCAUGGACCACAAAGCUGCUGUGGUGGACCUAGUGCAUAUUCCGUCAGCGAAGUUGGCGACAUUGACGUCGCUAAACAAGUGCUUCGUAGACUCAGUCAUGAGUGGGAGACAAACAACGGAUACCGAAGAUACAUGAAGGCAUAUGUUACAAUACCUGGUGUACAAAGUCACAUCGAAAACUGGUGGGGAAGCUUUGAUCGUGUAGGUUGGUCAUUGUGUCGAAGUGGCACAUACAUGACAGGAAUGUAUCGGAACACGCGAUCUGGGUCCGACCCUAUUUACCUCCUCGAAGAAGCAAAGUGUGUCGAUGCGCCGGGUUAUCUGUAUCCAUCAAAGAAAGAUCAAGAUUGUUACAACCACAACUGGUGGGGAAGUUUUGAUCGCAAGGGUUGGUCUGUCUGCGGAAAUGGCUAUUACAUGACAGGACUCUAUAGAACGUCGGGACAUAAUUUAUACAAUAUAGAAGAAGCCAAAUGCUGUCGACCAAAAUCCCAAGUAAAGAGUUGGGGCAACUGUUACAAUCACAAUGUCUGGAGUUCGUUUGAUCGCAAAGGGUGGAGUUCGUGUGCAUCUGGAUACUACAUGACGGGUCUAUAUAGGUCGUCGUGCCAAAAGUUGUACUGCUUGGAAGAGUUUAAAUGUUGUAAGAUGGGGGCCUACAAUGGAGACUCGUGGGUUGAAAGACCUGAUCUCGCGAUAAAUGUGAAAGAUGCAUCCGGACACUUUAAACGUUGCUCAAUGAAUGCAAUGGAUAAAUCGGCAGACAGUAGCACAUAUAAGUGCGCGGAUAUCUCGGAACAUACAAACAUGUUGGCACUAAAUGCUCUAAAAUUCAUCGUUGAAGACAAGAAUCCACCUAACGACACCAAAACUACUCGUCCAGUUAAAGUUGGCCAUCCGUUGUUAUGCUCAGCUUUUUUUAUUCCAUACAGGUGCACCAAAUUGUUUACAACGUUUUCAACUAGAUCAUCACUUAAAAUCGGUACUGGAUUGUCUCUGGCUGUAAAUGUUGGAACAUCUGUAAACAUUAGUGGUGAUUUUUCUGGAGCAGGGACAAAACCAAUUUUUCGGAGUGAAAUUUUUGCCGCAACCUCUUUUAAUAUCGAAGCUAGUAAAACGAAAAUGUACAAUAUACCUGAUAAGACGGAAGUCUCGGUUAAGGUACCAAAGAAAAAAGCAAUUCUAAUCAAUUUCUUCAGAACACCGCUCGACGUAAAGUGCACGUGGAAAGCCGUCUUUGAAUUAGUAGGGAAACAUUCCGCAAGAUGGCAGAAUGGUCAAGAAGUUCAUCAAGACAUAACGACUGCGCUGUCCGGGCCGAAGAGAGAAAUGUAUGCAAUUGGCAGUUGGAGUUAUCAAGGAACAGAUUUUCUCACGGUAGAACUCACCGACAAGUUUGGGAGAAAGAUAUCUAAGGGAUGUAAGCACAAGCUAGGAAAAGGCAAAAAAUGUUAUUUUUAAGCCGGAAGAACAACUUAUCAAUGUCAUGAACGUAAUAACCGUUAUAGUUUACCUUGCAUGCACCUAUAGUAAUUUUUUUUAAAUCCGUUAGCUAAACCUAUAUUUCUACUCUCAUAGCUGAAAAGUAACUGCAAAAAGUUUAUUUUCAUUUUCUGAUUACUUCAGUGACAUUUUUAUAAUGUUUAGUCAGCCCUCUAUCAUAUUAUUAUAGUCCAUCAUUAAUAUCGCACUAAUACCGUAGCCAAUAAGAACGCGUGAUACGUGAUAGCCUACAAUGAGGGAAUAAUAAUAUUAAUAAUAAUAAUGAAUAAUCGUACUAUGAUAAAA